AUGGCACCAGCCUCCUCCACCUCCCGCGUUUCCUCAACUGCCGCCGCUCCCCUCACGUGGCGCCCAACAAAGAUCAUGCACAUGCGCGACCUCGCGAAGGACGACGACUUCCUCAGCCAUCUCCUCGUCGAGAAGGUCGGCACAGGCGCAGUGCCCCUCCUCGUCCACAAGAUGGACGCUACCCGCCGUCUCCCUAGGACGGACACCCAGGACAUCAUGCGCAUAGUCCGACGCCUUGUACUCAGCAAGGCCCCAAUACAGCAGACCGUCCGCCAGGCAGUGGACGACCUCCUCUUACUCCCUUCUAUACGCUACUUUCUCAAGUCAUAUACCCAAAAGCAGAUCAACGCCUUUGCCACACACGCCUCCCGUUACUUCGAGUUGUACAAUCCCUCGGGAUCCAUCGAAAUCGCACACACGUCUCGCUACUCCCACCAGACUGGCAAGUCCGAGCUAUGCAUUUUGGCGACACGACCCCUCGCUCCUGGCUCCAUCGUCACGGAGCUCAAAGGCUCAAUGGCCAACCUCACAGAAGAGGAGGACAAGGAGCUCAAGCGGACGGACCUGAGGAAGUCGGACAUUCGCCGCGAUUUCAGCGUCAUACAUUCCAAGUCGAUGAAGAAAAACCACCUGUUUUUAGGCCCGGCCCGAUUCGUCAAUCAUGACUGCGAUAACAACUGCGAAUUAUUGCGUGAAGGAAGAUAUAUCACAUUUAGGGUGCUCAGGCCGAUUGCUAUUGGCGAAGAAAUAACAGCCCACUACGGAGACGGAUAUUUCGGCAAGAAGAAUCGGGAUUGUCUCUGCGAGACCUGCGAGAAGAACGGUCGGGGUGGAUAUGCACCCGAUCGUGACGACCCCGAGAGUUCAGACUCAAGCUCAUCGGAUCCCGAGUCUGACUCCGACUCCGACUCGGAUUCAAGUUCUUCAGAGAGCGAAGAGGAGGUAAAACCUCUGCUCAAUGUCAACGAGCGACGGACACGACGUGGAGUCUAUGCUGUGACAAAACCCCAAGAAGACGACAGUGACGACAGUGAUAACGAUGAAGAGGACGACGAUAAGAUUCCUUUAGCAGAAGCAACGGACAUUCCUGCUGACGGCGAAAUUAAACUAACUGUCGAAAUCGACGCAGGGUCCGACUUGACAUCGCUGGCGCCUUCUACCGCGCCUUCUGACGGAGUGAGCCCUGCAAAGCUGUCCACGCCUGGCCCUAUGACUCCCAAUCGGGGUCUAGGCUUAUCACGAUCCUCAUCUUCCCUCACCGAUUUGACGCCUUCUGUUGCGGGUUCGGCCACCCCUCACAGCACCCAAUCGACGCCAUUCCGCUCGAUUAUCGCGACGCGUCGACAGAAAGCGAAGGAAUUGGAGGAGGCCGAGAGCGCCAGCCGAGCUGGUUCCUCAAGAAUCAAGAGUGCUUCUCGCAGUGCCAGUGUCGAACGUUCUCCGAGACGCCUUACACGCGUUACACGUUCAGUAUCCUCGCUGCGGCUGUCAGAGAAGAAGGGGAAAGGCAAGGCGACACCCACACCAAUUCCGACACCUCUCUCAGAUAAACCAUCGAAGCGGUCAAAGAGCUUGGGCAAGGACGAGCCCAGAGUCAAGAAAGAGGAAUUGGACUCUCGUCUUCUCCGUGUUCGUCCUUCGGUGGGCGUCCCCGAGGCGUCCAAGGAGCCUCCGCGAAAACCAGAGGUACCUCGUGGCCCAGAUGGAAAGCCGUUGCCGACUUGCACCACAUGUUCCAAUGUGUUGCCUUUAAUUUCUGUGGAUUCCAAGGUCGUCUGGGGUUUAGGGCUAGAGGCUAACGGCAAGAAGAAGAAGCACGUCAAGCAAGAAUGCCCUCGUUGUAUUCGUCAUUUUGCCAUCUAUGAAUGCCCCUGGCCAUCUCGGUCUGCCCCACAUGGGACCAUCUCGGUGACGCCGAGAGAGGACUCAGUACCAGCAGACAGUCUCACCAAGAAAGUCACCCAAAAGGGGCUUUCGUUGCUCGAUCGCAAACUUGCUGCUGCAGCUGCCUCGGCCUCGAAGCCGUCAAAGUCCAAGAAACAUCGACGAGACGAAGAAGAGGAAGUUGAAGAGGCGCGCCCGUUGAAAAGACGUAAAUCCGAGCCAGAAUUGGUACUUCCUAAAGGGAGAGUGACGAAGACGUACUCGAGGAGUGCAAGGCGGUACAGGCGCAGUCCGACGCCGGAAUUGCCGAGGAGGCGUGGGCCAGGUCGCCCCCGUCUCGCCUCACCGCUAUUUAAGCACAAGAUAACGAAGGUCAAGGUGGAGGAACCUGCACCGGAAGUGGAGAAGUCGACAUUAAGCCAACCAAGGGCACAGAACGGACGGUUUGGAAAGAAGGACAAGAAGAAGACUCAAGAGGCAACUUCGGCUCGGUCUCAGAGUGAUGGGUCCAUAAGCGACGGGCAGGAAUCGUCGCCCGCUCGCAAGCGUCACAGUGACGAUGUCGAAGUGGGCGACGACUCGCCUCGCAAGAAAGUCGCUAGACGCGACGAGGGAGUAGCUAGCCAGAAGGUCUUACCUCGUCGCUCAUCCGGCUUCUCCGGAAGCCGGCUCUUUUCCAACCCCAGUCCGUUGCAGUUUGCUCUUAAGGCUUGGGCUGGUCCAGUCAUUCUAGACGACUCUUCCUCCUCCUCUUCCUCUUCCGACGAGCAACCCGAGACUCCCGAGGAUGAUCAGUCGCCUGCAGCAGACGUCGUGGAGCCUGAGGAGCUGAGCACUCACCACUUCCUACCGGGCAUGAUGCCCAGGGGUCCUUUGACAUACAAGCCCUCUCCGUUGUCAUUCGCCAAGAACCGCUGGAACGCUGUCAUUCAGGUGGGGAAGACCGAACUGGACGUCAAGCAACCGAUCCCGCGCAAGAGUAGCUACAACUCGGACGGCGAGAACUCUGAGAUCGGUCUUGACCGCGAGAUUACGCACAGCCCACCCCCAGAUGAUGACUAUCCAUCAGUUGACGAUUACUUUCACCAUGGACUACGACAGGUGUAUCCUAUUCUGCCAGCCGACAAUGUGUUCACUCGCUCCAUCCCGAAAACCACCUCAUUUCGCUCCGCAGACCCGCAGACCAAACCUUCCUUCAUCAAUGCCGGCUGGGAUGAUUCGUCGGACGCUUCUGAGGCAUAA